AUGAAUUCCAUAACAGCCACGGCGCCUAUGCGGGCCGUCCACCUGCCCAAAUCCCAGCUACACCUCACGCUGCGAGGGUAUACGAGUCUCGUUGCCACGACAGGGCUACGUGGUGGCAGUCCCUUGUACGCCAACCCUCGUCACCACCAGACGAAUCCCAAGCGGAUGAUCUCGUCCACUCCGCACCCGACCAAGAUCAAGGAGUUCUUCCCGCCUCCUGAAGCGCCGCAUAUCAAAGAAUUGGAAACGGCCUGGAAUCACCCAGUGUAA